GGCAGGUCCUGCAGCUCAGAAGACAGAAGAUCGGGGACCAGAAGGAGGCGAACGGGAGCUGUGGGGGACCAGGGAUAGGGUGCCGUGGUGUAGGACCCUUCUCUACUAGAUUUGUCCUUUACUCAGUUAUUAGGAUGGACAAAGACAGGAACAAAAUGACUGAGCGGAUCUUAAACGUCACCUUGGAGAUCAUCUACUUGCUGAUUGGAGAGGAUUACACAGUAGUAAAGAAAUCUGAGGACUGUAUGGCACCCAGCAUUCAACAAUGUGUGUCAGGAGGGUGGAGCAAGAGCCAAAUCCCCAAUGUCGCUCCUCCACGUCACAGUCUGUUACAUGAGGAGAGGAUCCUGGAGCUCACCAACAAGAUCAUUCAGAUGCUGACCGGAGAGGUCCCUAUAAGGUGGCAGGACAUCACAAUUUAUCUCUCCAUGGAGGAGUGGGAGUAUUUAGAAGUACAUAAGGAUCAAUAUAAGGACAUUAUGAUGGAGGAUCAGCGGCCCCUCACACCACAGGGUAAGAGAAGACUUGAUAGCUAUAAACCAUGUAGGAGUGAUAAACCCGAGAGAUGCCCCAGUCCUCAGGAUGGGUCAAGUGGACAUCUGAAUGCGUCACAGCAUCAACAGAUCGAUGACCUGAUUAUUGUGAAAGUGGAAGAGACAGAGGAGGAUGAGGAGUAUUAUGGAGGUGAUCUUCCUUAUAAUGAGGAAAAAAAUGCUACCAAUAUCAGCACAGGAGACGACCUCUCCAGGGGCUCAGAUGGACACCUGCUUUCAUACUCAGACUGUGAAGAAGAACAUAACAACAUCACACAUACUAACCAUAGUGGAGAUCCACCCUCUGAUUCCACUACUCCCACAGAACCAUCACCAGAUCAGCCACAGGUUCCUAGACCCUUUCCAUGGUCUGAAUACAGGGAGUAUUGUAGAAACAAAUUAAAUUGUUCAACACAGAAAACAAUUCAUAGAGAUGAGAGACAAUUUCCAUGUCCAGAAUGUGAAAAAUGUUUUUCAUACAAAUCAAAUCUUUACGACCACCUAAAAAUUCACACUGGGGAGAAGCCAUAUUUAUGCUCAGACUGUGGCAAAUGUUUUACCCGCAAGUCAGAUCUGGUUAGACAUCACAGGACUCACACUGGGGAGAGGCCGUAUUCCUGUCCGGUCUGCGGCAAAAGUUUUGCCAUGAAAUCAAUUCUUGUCGGGCAUCAGAAGACUCACACCGGGGAGAAGCCGUUCUCGUGUCUGGAAUGUGGGAAAAGCUUUAACCGGAAAUUCAGUCUUGUUGUCCAUCAGAGGAUUCACACUGGGGAGAGGCCAUUUGCAUGUUCAGAAUGUGAAAAAUCUUAUACUAACAAAAAACAACUGGUUCUGCAUCAGAGACUGCACACGGAGGGGGCCACUUUACUUUGAGCAGAACAUGGGGAACAUUUUACCCAUAAAUCCUUUUGCACAUAAGAAUAUGUACAUGGGAGCAAAAGCACUUUUAUAGUUUGAACUUUUUCGUUUAAAAGAAAAAUGUGAAAAUUGCCACAAAUUAGAUUUUUCUGGUUUGUAACAUUGCGAAAAUGUUACCGAGAUAUUAGGUUUUGUUACAUGUAAAAAAUAUCCGUCAGUGGAAGAGCCAGUUUAAUGAUCAGUGAUUGAAAUGUCCUGCGAAGAAUGGGAAAACUAACGCAGUAAUGGUUACAAGUUGUUUGUCACUGUGCCAUUAUACGUGUUUGUUUGUAUACAGGAUUUGUCAGGGAGCGGUAGCCCUUCUGGGUGUCCCCCCUGGUGGUCUAGGGGAGGUGUGUGCGACCAUCAGGUUCCACACCUCCCUGCAACCCCCAGGCAUCUUGGCUUUGGCUGAGACGCCAUCAGUAUACGUCUCCUUGGCUCAUACCUUGGUGGACACCAGGUGCAUUUUUGGUCCCUUAGUAGCUUCGGCAAAAAGGGACAUUGAACCCAGACCUUUGCAGGUGCCUUUUUGCCCGGAGGUGAAGGGUAGGUUUGUUAAGGGGGGCUCUCUCCUAUUGGAGAAGGGCUUUGCUAUAGACCGCAUCCUUUGUGCACAUUUUUUUUAGUGGGACAUGUUUGCACUCUUUCUUGCACUUUGGGUGAUAGAGAGCAUGCGCCUCGGCUAAAGGGAGUAUAAGAGACAGAGGCCCUCAUUUACUAUUCUAAACCCGACUUCUUUUGUCGGGUUUUUUUGUCGCAUCUUUGUCUGCGCCAUGUCGCAGACAUGGUGCGCCAGUCUGCGACACGAUGCGAAAUUUUUUCCCCACGGACCCGAUGUGGAUUCUCCCAAACCCGAAAAAGGGGCGUUACCCGACAUUUCUGAGCUUUCCCACGUAUUUAUAAAGGUUUCCAACCCGAAUUUGUUGAAUUGUUGUGGAUUUUUUCCCGACAGCUCAGAGGAGUUGGAAACCAAAACCAACAAAACCCACGUGCGACAAACAGGAUGCGACAUAAUAAUAAAUACCAGGGGAAAAAAGCAGUCGGGUAAGAAAGCAACAUUGACUUACAACCCGAUUUUCUAAGUACCGUAAAUGAGGGCCAGAGUAAUCUAUGAUGUCAUUGGAUGAGGCUCCCCAGGUGUAGACAGAUGUGGUGGUCAUUCGGGGCUUGCUGCUAGUAGAAGAUGGAGUAGGUCCCACACUUUGCCCCAGCUGGUGGAAGGCUCUCAACCUGUGACACUAACCACAAUGAGACAUCAGUGUAGAUAUAAAAUGUAUAAAAAAGUAUUAUACUACAGAGCUGAAUUUACAAUUCUAUUUGUGAAUGGAAACAGUAGAUAAACUUAUGUUAAGGAAGCAAUCCAGGAAUUGUUAUUUUUUUAAAUCUUUUUUUAUAUAGUGCAGCAUAGGCUAUUAUUUAUUAGGUUCUUGUAUAUGCCUUGUGCUUACCUGUUUUAACUGAUGUGGCAGGCAUGAGUUUUUGCCCAUCUUGAUUCAGGUUGAAAAAACACCAGAGUCCCACAAGUUCAACCUAUAUCCCUAAUGAGUCCCUACUGAGUUGAUCCAGAGAAAGGCAAAAUAACCCUCAUACUAGAGGUAAAAAUUCCUUCCCGACUCCAAAUAUGGCAUCAGAAUAAAUCCCUGGAUCAACGUUCUGUCCCUAUAAAUCUAGCAUCCAUAACCAGCAAUGUUAUUAUUCUCCAAAAAUGCAUCCAGACCCCUUUUGAAUUCUUUUACAGAGUUCACCAUGACCAACUCCUCCGGGAGAGAAUUCCACAGUCUCACUGCUCUUACAGUAAAGAACCCCCGUCUGUGCUGGUGUAGAAACCUUCUUUCCUCUAGACGUAGAGGAUGCCCCCUUGUUAUAGAUACAGUCCUGGGUAUAAAUAGAUCAUGGAGAGAUCUCUGUACUGUCCCCUGAUAUAUUUAUACAUAGUUAUUAGGUCUCCCCAAAGCCUUCUUUUUUCUAAACUAAACAACCCUAAUUCUGAUAAUCUUUCUGGGUACUGUAGUCCUCCCAUUCCCCGUAUUACCCUGGUUGCCCGUCUUUGAACCCUCUCCAGCUACACUAUAUCUUUCUUGUACACUGAUGCCCAGUACUGUACACAGUAUUCUAUGUGUGGUCUGACCAGUACUGUGCACAGUAUUCUAUGUGUGGUCUGACUAGUACUGUACACAGUAUUCUAUGUGUGGUCUGACUAGUACUGUACACAGUAUUCUAUGUGUGGUCUGACCAGUACUGUACACAGUAUUCUAUGUGUGGUCUGACCAGUACUGUACACAGUAUUCUAUGUGUGGUCUGACCAGUACUGUACACAGUAUUCU